CCUUUUAUUGUAAAGUACAAAAAUAUAGUCAAAAGUUCACAAAACAUAACAUUCUUUAGAUAAAUACAUAAAUUCUGAAUAAAAGAAAUGACCAGAAAAAGGUUCAAAUACAGCCCCUCACUUUGCUUUACAAAACCGUAGGUAAAAGUAAUGUAUGUGGGAUUCUUUUUCUUCCUAUUAAUAUUCUUUUUAUAGUAGUGGUCACUCACAAAGUGGCAGUAAUUUGCCUUUUACAUGACUCCAUGAAAACAUUUACAGCGUAUACAUUUUAGCCAGCAAGUAACAGAUGAACUAAUUUAAUAAAACGAGCAAAUCUGGCAGUGGCACAGCUGAAGUACAUUUUGGAAACCUCUUUUAAAAUGACGCUCAAACAGCUUUCUUAACGUACGGAUCUUAACUGAGUUCCCAGAAGAAGCAGCUGAGUGCUGACCCUGCUGAUGAUAAUUGAUUUGCUUCAGCCAAAUGAUAUAUCCUACAUCACAGUGAGCCUUAAUUGUAGGGUCACUGUGAUAAAUGGCGGCCAAUUGCAGGGUUCACAGACAUUAUGUUUACACUGCAGCGCAGACACGGACAUAUAGUAUAAUAGUUCUUCACUUAAAACAGCAUUGAACAGCAGUUAAUUGAAUAUGUGAUAACUAUAGAUAACAUAUGUUGGGUUAGUGUGGCAGUCAGUGGUGGACAGGUGUCCUUUUUCUCUCCAUCUGUAAGCACACAUGAGAUGUAACAUGUUUCAUGUGCUGAUGACCAUACAUGUGAAAAUCCAGGUGAAAGGUCCCAGAAGGGCUGGCGAUAUGACAAUAUAAAUUUGUCAACCAUCAGCAAAAUUUCCAUACUGUUUUCAGUUCAAUUUUAUUUAUAUAGCGCCAAUUCAUAACAGAAGUUAUCUCACUGCACUUUUCCUAUAGAGCAGGUCUAGACUGUACUCUUUCCAACAUUCUAAUAUUUAAUAUAUUUAUACAGGUGUAUCUCUCCUGUUAAUAUCUCUGGGUGUAUUACUGCAGGUCAUUGUAGCCAGUGCAGCAAAUCAAUGAGCAGGACUGCUUCAUAUGAUUUUUGCAUCAGUGUGACGAAGUAUCUUGCUUUGUCAGGUCGGGUUAGUCAGAAACAGACACUGAAAGUUCAGUUUCCACUUCAAAUGGAGCUUUUAUGUGGAAAGAAAAUUACUGAACACACACAUCCCAGGAAUACACAGGUGACAGUGAACAUCAAUCUAUUGUUAAAAACAUACAAAAUAAUAUUUUAAGAAUCUCAUAUAUAGAAAUGAAUGUAAAUUAAUUGUAUUACUUAUUAGGCUCUAUUAAUAAAGACAGCAGUAGAUCAAGUUUCUCAAAUGACUUUGGAGCAUCUACUGUAUCACUAUAUUUACAUGAAUAUUGCAAUAUAAAUGUACAUGUACCAUGACAGGGAAAGAUACAACUCUAUCAAUAAUCCUGCAUAUUAUCAUGUAUUUAUGAUGUAGCUUUACAGAAGUUUGAAAAAAUGAAGUUUUAAAAACCUGUUUUCCAUGUUGUAUGGCAACUGCGUUCAGACAAUCCAAAAAGUAAAGGUUAAUUCAUUUCCCAUUCCUGGGCCCUGGCUCUGCUGACGUGCUGAGCAGAUGGAGCAGGAGGGCUGAUCUCUGCCUCCAGAGGUCAUUCUCACUACAGUUGCCACUUGUUGCCAAAAGCAGCUCGGGGCUCCGCCAUCCAACACCAAACUCAUUUCAAGUAUUUAUUCCGCCAGCCACCGAGAGCCACAUAUCUGGAUGCUGAUCGCGGAGCGCUGGCAGGACCGAAGGAAGACUCUGACCUGGCCGGAAACAUUUGGGCGCAUCUGACGGAGAGCAGCAUGGUUGAUAACACAAGCAUAGCGACUACAUCUGCUUUGCAAGGCUCUUUCCCGUCCGGCAGCCUUCACCUCCAGGCUCCCUCCGCCUCCUCCCACAGCCCGUUCCCCGGCGCCCAGUCCCACCAGCCCGGCAGCGGCGGCAUGAAGCUAGAGGCGGUCAUGGAGAACCUGCAGCGGCAACAGGCAGCUCGGCUGGCCCUGGAGGAGAAGCUCCGGCAGGCGGAGACAGAGAAAGACCUCCGCUCCAUGGUGGAGUCCCAGAUACACCAACAGGCUCUGGCUUUCCGCCACUACCAGGCGGCGAUGCGAGGCGCCCUGGCCGCCGGAGUUGCCAACUCGUCCUCCGGUGUGACGCUCCCACACAUGGAGGCCCGCAGAGCCGACGAGGACGGGAGCUCGUCCAGACCGAGCAGCGACGAUAAGGAGCGGGACGAGGAGGGAGAUGACAUGACCGACCAGGAGAUCGUGGGUGAGGAGGAGGAGGGUGAAGACGAUGCCGGGCUGAACCACUACCAGCACCUACACUCCUCGCUCCAGGGAGCGUGUCUGCCUCCGAAGAGCGCCCCGACGCAUCUCAUGGCUAGAGCCCCGGCGUCGUUCGCCCCGGCCCACCGCGGAGAGUCUCCAUCGGCGCACCCGCAGUCCCAGCACCACGAGUGGACCUACGAGGAGCAGUUCAAACAGUCAGACAGAGGCAGCGGGCUGGCACAGAGGAAGCUGGGAAAUUCAAGUGGCGGUGGAAGUUCAGAGCCUCUGAUUCAAGAGUUGUAUGAAUUGGAUGAUGAUGAAAAGCGCAAAGAGUUUCUUGAUGACCUUUUCAGUUUCAUGCAGAAACGGGGGACUCCAGUGAAUCGGAUUCCUAUCAUGGCCAAGCAGGUGUUGGAUCUCUACAUGCUCUACAAGCUCGUCACAGAAAAAGGCGGCUUAGUGGAAGUCAUCAAUAAGAAAAUAUGGCGUGAGAUCACCAAAGGCCUUAACCUCCCUACCUCCAUUACCAGUGCAGCUUUCACUCUCCGGACACAGUAUAUGAAGUACCUCUAUCCAUAUGAAUGUGAAAAGCGGGGACUGAGCUCCCCCGGUGAGCUUCAGGCAGCUAUCGACAGCAACCGGCGGGAAGGCCGUCGGCAGAGCUACGGCUCCGCCAUCUUCAACUACUCUCCUGUGGGCACCCCCUCCCUCCUGUCCUCACCAAAGAUACAGAUAUCCCACCUAUCUAUGCCCACUCACAACAGUGGCCAUAUCUCCCAGGUGCCUGUGAUCAAGAAAGAGGAGCCCGUAAUGGCAGGCUGCCUGCCCAGCCGCGUGGCCCUCCCUAUGUCACCCAGCGGCCAUCGCGCAGCGGCCGCGGCCGCCCAGGCAGCGGCCGCUGUCCAGGCGGCAGCCCUGGAGCAGCUCAGAGAGAAGCUGGAGAGCGGUGAACCGCCAGAGAAGAAAAUGGUGAUGGUGGCAGAGGAGCAGCAGAGGAUCAUGCAGCACGCCCUGCAGCAGAACCUGCUGGCGAUGGCCACCCAGCUGCCCCUCAACAUCAAACUCAACAACAGAGAUGAUAGACAAGAGACCGCAUUGAACCUGUCUACCAACGGCAUUAGCAGCAUCAACAUGUCAAUAGAAAUAAAUGGAGUUGUCUACACAGGCGUCCUGUUUGCUCGGCAGUCAGCCAUAGCAGCGAUGACGGGACACCGUGGGAGACACAGCAACUGUCAGACUCAGGGAAAGACCAGUCCCACACAGUUCCAGCCUUCCUGCUCCUCCUCUUCCUCAUCCUCUUCCUCACUGCACGGGCACAGACACUCCUCCCCCUGAAUUUCCUGUCCCUCCUCACCUCCUCUUCCCACCCCACCAGGGAGAUCCAUUUUCUUCUCAAAGACACCAAGCAGUUGGAGACGUGAUCAUCAGAUAAACUCCAGUUGUUUUUGAAGGUGGCUUUCUCUCCAUCCGCUCGAUCAGAUUCCUUGUAGGUCAGCUAACAACAGAUUUAAAAGCAGCAAACUAGUAUGUACAGACUAAAUACUUUGGCAAGAGAUCUGCCUGUCCCCCUUAUCCCCUCUCUGAAUUAGCAGUGUGUUUCGAAGGACAUUUAACCUUUGUGUGUUACCAUUGUCUUUCACGUCCUCAAAGACAUCUGUUCAGUGUGGAACAGUUCAAAAGCAUGGUCUCCCAUCAACUUAAGGUGCAACCUGGAUGAAGCCAAACGAAGAUUCCCUCUUGGGCACCGGUUCAAUCAAACGAUGAGGCAGCUGAACUGCUAACCCUCAGCAAGAAAUUACAGUUGUUGAUGAUGUUUGCAGGCUUUCUGACAGACCUCAGAAACUCACUGCUUACAGCUGAUACCAAAGAAGAAAACAAAUCUAUGCUAUUUCAACAUCCAGCAUUUACAGUGAGCUUUAGUGCCAAUGAUCAAACCUGAAGAUUAGCAUGAAUACAAACAGGGAAAGCACAUCCAUAGUGGAAGGCUGUGGAAGGCUGUCUAGAGAAGUUUCAUCAGAGACUUGUGACAACAUCUCUCAACUAUAUCAGGUGUUCCAUUGGACAGCUAGUUAAUAAUGUCUCAACAUGCGGCCAACAAGGCUAGAAAGAGUGAUGUAUGUGUACAUCAAUGCAGUAACAUUAGAAGUUAAAGUGAAGAGUCUAAUAUGUGGAUUUCUUUCAAGUGUACUUUACACAGUAGACUUACCUUGACUUGAUGUGUCUCUUCUCUUAAACACAGUCAGUUUAGUCCACAGAAAAUCAGCAGCUGGUUGUGAGCUAGCUAACUAGCCAGCAGGCCAAGCAAAAAAAGGUUAAAGUUAACGCAUAGCUCUAUCCACUAGUAACAAACAGUUUGUCCCAAUCCCAUAUUGUCUGCUAAUAAUAUACAUAUGUUUAUUAUCAGGAUCGCAUUCACCUGUUAAGGUGCCCCGUGGCAAAAAUGGGCUGUCAGCCAUAUUUUGUUUUAUUGUGCUUAAGUGGUGCACAGUACCAAAAAUUGUAAUUAAUCAAAUUACUCCAAAGUAGUUGCCACAUAGAUAACCUGGGGCCCCUUAGGGUCUUCGGCCCUGGGACAGUUUCCAACUCUGCCCAGUUGGUAAUCUAACCUUGUAUAUUAUACACUAAAAAUGAAUGUUGAUAGCACACAGUAUACAAGAAAUUGAAGAAAAUGAGGAAAUGCACAUACGCACAGUCAAUUAAUCUGAGCUCAGAACACCAUUGGAAAUUUCACCAAAGAUUUAUUACUUGCACCGCCAACCAUUUUUCCACAUCUUUCCAGAUAAUGGAUGUACUUAUUAUAAGAACUUGAUGCCAGACACCAAGAUGGCACCUAUUCAGUCAUAAACUUUACUAAAAAAGGCUCUGGUAAGGUUUUACAAAUUUUACAUUUUCAUGGUUAGAUUUUUUUUUCUUAAUACGUAAUAAUUGACCUUGUUUGCCAAUUGCAGCAUCAUUUCAACAGUUUAACAGACAUCUCUUUUAUAAUGGUGGUCUAUGAGGAAAAUGCUUUUUUGGCCAAGGGGAUUUCUUAAUGCAGUACUGAGGCUGGCCACUGGGACACAUUGACAGCAAGGCUUCUUGCCCCCAACCUAUCUGUUACAUUGUGAUUUGAAUUCUGGGACACAAACGCCACAUUUAAAAAAUCUCUCUUUCACAGAGUUGGUAUGAGUUUAUAAUAUGUAUUUGGGACACAGUUAUUAGCUUUUAGUAUGCUAGCUUGUGUGCGAUUUAGAUGUAUUGUCAACAACUAUGAUAGUUAGCUGACCAGAUCAAUAGCUAAACAGAUCAUUCUUCCCAUGUAUCAGUGGUUAACUAAUCUGUUCCUGGCCACAAACUGCACUAACUAAUGACUAACAUGUCUGGUCACUUCUGUUGAGACAGCCAUGUUGUACAUGUAAAAAAGCAAAGAGCUGUUGUAUAAGGCCACUUGAAGGAGUAUUACAUCACUUAGAAGCCCUUUACUAUGGGAGGCUGCUGAUGACAUUAGGUUUUCCUUUGCUGUGAUCACAAAAUAACUGUCACUUGAUUUUGACAUGAGAUAUGCCUGUUCUCAAGAACACGUUGUUUUGAUCAUAGAAUAAAUUAUUAUUAGUAUUAUAAAACAAGCUUGUUAGUCAAGCUCACAGAAUAUCUAUACAGCGACAGUGACAGGUUAAAGUGAUGUGAUGACAAGCAUUGUUCCGGUUCAAUGCUGUCCUCAUUCAUUAGGAUAAAUAUUGCAGUCAACAUCAUUGCUCCACUGGUUGUGGUCAGAAAUACUUACAAAAUCUCUGCUGAGGCUGAGUGCGGUAGAGCUGCAGCACAUGAGAUUGCAUUGUUCUUUGAAGAACUCUUUUGCAACACACACUGACUAAAGCCAGGACCACUACCAAAAUAUCAGUAAUAUUCGUUAACAUAGUAAGUAAGAAGCACAGAGCUGAUGUGAUGUUGGUGGGGAAAUGUGGUUGGCAGAGCCUUGGGAAGAAAUGAAUCAAGAGAGUCCUCAUAUGACAUUGAAUUCUUAGAGAAUGACCGUGACAGGAAAGAGUAGAGCACUUCAGCCUGUCGUUAGCAGGUGAACAGAAAUAAAGGAGGUGACAGCAAGACAUAGACAGACAUGUAGUCUGUAGGAAACGCUCAUCAGUCUCACAGUCGUUUUAUAUUGGGAAUAGAAUCCAGGUUUCUUUCUUUUAGUAAUGCACUUGUGUCUAACAUCAGAGAGCUUCUCCCUCUUCAUUUCUCUCUUCCUUUCUUUUUUUCAUAAAGAUAUAAAAUAUUUUCGUUAUUGUGAAGGGAAAUGGGAACCAGUGUGAAGAUAUAUUGGUUUUUAUUAAGUCUGUUAAAGCAUUUAAUUGCAGAUUUUAUUUAUUAUGUUUUAUAUUCAAUCCUGCAAACGUUGCAUUCAGCGCCACCAUUUUGUUUGCAAACCCUUUUUAAGAGUCUUGAAUGCAGAUACCUCACCAAUGUACCUGUAUAUAGUCAUAGUAAAGUAUGAAUACAUGAUAUACCUCAUAAAUUUCAUUUAUUUUAUUGUACAGCCACUUGAAAAUCAAUGUUUUACUUCAACAGAUCACUGGAUUUUUUUUUCAUAUUUUGAAUGAUUACACCAAAGAAGGGAAUAUUUUAUUGACACACAUCUACCUCAUUUGUUAUAGACUGUGCCAACAAGCAUGUCCAUGAUCUUAAUUGCCAGUGUAUUCAUGGUGUUUCAUAUCAAUGUGUUUGUGUGAACACAAAAUGCUUUUCAGUCAAAGAAAAAACAAAAGAUCAUACUGGAGAAUUAAGCAACAUGUUCAAAGUGCUUUUUAUGUUGGGUGUUGUGCCAGUGCAACAAAAAAGCCUUUUGUGAGACAAAGUAGGGAUGCUUGUCAAAAUGAAUCCAAUCUGCAUGAAAACAUGAACAUAAAGAGGAAGACAGCACCUUGUAACAAUGGAUGGCAAUCACAGAUUUUAUAUUUUCAGUAGUGGGGCCUGAGGAUGGUGGUGUCAGUCUUAGGGUUGGAGAUUUCUUGCCAUAAAUGAAGUUGAUUUAAAACAUAGAACUGCAGAUAAUUAUCAUUAUCAUAAAAUGUUCUUAACUCUACUCUGAUUUCAUAGACAUAAUGGUAUAAAUAAGCACGUGUGCUUAUGUGGCAAUGUUUUCUGCAAAUUUCUCCUAAAUUUCCUCUUUUGCCAAUAAAGACUUUUAGAUGAGUGAGUUGAAAAGCCAGUAAGUGGACCUGACAUUAUACUGUCACACAUACUGUUUGUAAAGUCAAGAUUAGAGCCCAACAGACGAAUCAAUGGGCCGAUAUCAACUUAUCGUCCAAUAUAUCAUAUCGUCUGAUAAGUAACAAGAAAUGUCAAAGAUGUGUUUGAGGUCAUUUAGAAACGGUGUGUCCAUUACAUAGUUUGUCCACCGGAGACCACUGACAAGUUGAUUUUUACACUGGAACAUGUCCGGCUCACUAUAUACUAUAGUAUUUAGCUACAACAGUUGUGUGCAGGCCACAUAAGUGAAGUUUGCAGAAGGCAUCUUUGUUUCAAAAUAUACGACAGCCUUCAGUAUGCGAACACACAGGUGCCCAUGAGAACACAUUGCCGCAGGUAUUUCUUUCUGGGAAAGGGAACAGAUUUUUGGGAGAAUUCCCAGAAAUACCGGAAUUGCAAUUCCCAGUAACAACACUUUUUCAACACUGUCCCAAAUAUACAACUACCAGCCAGAUUUCCAUCAAAUUUGCUGUGGAUGUUCAUGGUCCCCUGAGGGUGAUUCUGAGAGAUUUUGCUGAUCCCCCGACCUUGACUCUAGCAACACCAUAAGGCCAACAUUUCCAUUUGCACAAAGCAUAUCAACAGGCAUGUUAACAUUAAUUUUACUGAGCACAUUCAUGUUCCCCAGGGGAUGAAUACUUUUGCAAUGACACCAUGACAUUUUAUGUAACGGCACCCUGAGGACAAACAUUUGUAGCCACUACUGAUAAAGCUCUAAGAACUACCUUGUGUGUUUUUUUGGAUUCGCUGUCUUCCUCACUGUGCAGGAUUUUUCAUGCAGAUUGUUCACAGACCUUGAUUUAAAAUGCUAUGACUUGUUCAGUUUCAUGAUGACAGUUUCAGUGUAACACUCCAGGCUGAUUACUGGUGAUAAAGCUAAUAAUAUAUUGUGUGACUGUAUGUAUAGAUGGUGAUGUUGAAAUUGUACAAACACAAUCAUGCAGCAGAGGACAAUCCUCAGCCAAUAAGAUGAGCUGACUCGUCAGCUGCCAGUUGAGCUGUUGAAGGUGGUUGUGCUUUAUAAUUCUCAUGUUUACUUGAAAUGUGUUUUUUAGCAAUCAGACAAUUCUGCAGGUAGAUACAGCAAAGGUCCAAGAAAAUAUUCACUUCCUUAUACACAAACUUGGUUUUGCAUCCCUGAACACUGCAAAAACCUCUAACGGUACGUGUCCACAGGGGUGUUUUUGGACGCAAGAGGUCGUGCCGCUUCCCAGCUUUGGACGCUUGAUGGGAGUGCCACUAGGCUGUGUCACGAUAGAUGAUUGACAGGUGCCUUUUCAAAUGGUUAACUUGUCUAAUACAGACAAAUAUAUCUUUUCAACCCACCGGAAACAGUGGCCCUCCAAACUGAGUACCUCUGCACGUUGUUCCUGUAUGAUGGCAGAGAAGCAUCAUAGAGGAUUGGAUAUCCUGACACAGCAGUUAUCAAUUUCUCUUCCAUGACUACUGACCAACAAAGAAAACAUACAGACUACACCCUCCUACAACCGCGCAAACACUUCCUGGCUGCACCUGAUUGGACGAAUACUUUCACUCUUGGGCUGUCUGCCCCUGGAUUUCAAACCGGGUGAACAUGGCGACUCGUUUGGAAACGUUAUAUUACAAAAAUAGGUCACUGAAAUGUGUUUCUGAAAACAUUUAAGGCGAGAAAUAAGCUAUGCAGUUGCUGCCUGUCUUCAUUUUAGAUCGACAAUGGUUUGUUUGAAAGUUUUUUGGGAGUUUCCAGUCGCACUGGAUGCCCUUGAUUUGCAUAAAGUAGCCUAGACCUCAACUUUAUGCAAAUGAGGAGCGGCCAACAUGACACCCCCUCUAUCGAAAUGCACCACACCGCUACCAGAAUGCAUUGCACAGCUGCUUACAUAGACAACGAAUGGGAAGCGUGGAAAUGAUGGAUCCUGUGGACACGUACCAUAAGAGGAGUUCAGGGUGGGUGGUUGGGUCAACAAAGCAUUUGACACUAUUUGCGCCCUGUCUCUGACAAACAGUCAAGAGUCAUUGGCUUAUUUUAUUUAUUUAUUUUUUUACCAUGACAACGAUCGUUUCUCAACUCUGACCUUUACCAAGGAUUCUUCUUAUGGUUAAAAGCACUAUUACUUGGUAGUACCGUAAUUCUUCCAUAAACUUAACAUUUUUGUCAUUUAUAACGGUUUUGGAAGGCAUUGACAAAAAUGCCCCCCACCAAUAGGGGCAUCAGGGUAAGAAAUAUACUUAUAUGGGUCGUUUUGGAAGACAAUGACAAAGGACCCAUUUUGGAGUGUAGUUUGAAAAAGAAUUUGUGUCUCUGACUAGCUUCUCCAUAGCAACAGCAGCUGACGUCCAGGGGUAUUGUAGUCUUUAGAUCCAUCUGCCAUACCAAACUGUCAACAAAGAAAGUUGACAUAAUUCAAACUGAUGACCAAAACAUCAAUCUGAAGAAUCAUUCAAUUCUCCAGGAGACUCCUGUGUUUCUGUGUUGAGGAACAUUGAGAAAAGAAAACAGGAUAUAAAUACUUCCAGAACUAGCUGCUUCUCCCACUUGAGAACAUGACACAUCUUACCAUUACCAAAUUACCAUUUGUGAUGAUAAAUUAUAUUCAAGAAUAGCCUUGAUGCAAGACCAUCAGAGUAUGUAUCACGGUCUUGGUUCAGAAACUCAAAUUCAAAUUGGGUGGUAGGCAAUCUUCUUUUAAGGUGAAAAAAAGACUACGUCAGGCAGGUGUAAAGUAACAAAAAAACAUGAUUUGUUUCAACAAAGAAAAGAGUCUAUCAUUACUCAAUACAAACAAAAAAUCAGUCAGUGAGUGAGGAAGAAAUCUUUAUUUUAUACGUAUUAUUAUAUGUAUUGACUUUAAUGGAAGAGACCUUUCUUUGUCAGGGUAAAUCAUGUUUUUUGUUCCUUUACAAAUGCCUUAGGUCAUUUUUCCACCUUAAAAGUCGCUAAGGAGAUUGCCUACCACCUAAUGAGUUUGUAUUUUCAACAUUCUCCCCAUAACAAAUUUUACAAAUCUUGGCGACUGAAAUGUCCAUGAGAUGACUAUCGUGAUCGUGAUGCGCAGUAUGAUACCCGUGGAUCAGGGUUCAUUCAGGACAGUGUACAUUUUCUACUUCCAUUAUCCAGGUUCUCUGCGUCAGAUUGUCUCUCUGUAAACGCAACACCGGUAUAGUCUACUCCUCAUGACUAUCUCAUCCUCGGCCCCUCCUCCUGUACUGCACAUACUGCUGAAUGACGCCAAUCACUGGACACUUCAGAUGACUGUGAGGCGGCAGCAUGGAAUCACUGGCAUUCUUCUCACCAAAGAGUUUUUCAAGCUGUGACCACGAUCACUUGAUUUUUAGGUCAUGACCAACAGCAGAGCAGACAAGCAAAGAGAAAUCGACAGCUCUGCAUGCAAAUAAAAAACAAUGGAUUGACUUAUGUAAUCAAAUAACAUGUUGUUUACUUUGUAUUUUAGCUAUGCUAUGAUGGUAGUUUUUAGACACUAAUCGCUUUAUUAGCUGUGUAUGAAGCUUUAAAUGUUUCUUUUAUUUCCCUUUCGUUCAUCUUGGAUCAAUCCAGUGUAUUAUGGGAAUGCUGGAUUGUGGUGCUCAGGGGUUAAAAAUGUACAAAAAAGAGGUGAAAGAGAUUUUCCUGUUUUGCCAUUUGACUUGUAGCGUAUUUAGAAAUAAAAUCAUGCUUUUAAUUUUACUGAAA